AUGAAUCCUUGUGUUUUUAUAAUUUUCUCACUUCUCUUGCCACGCCUUGAGACUACAACUGCCAACCAACUGGCAGCAGUGGAAGGAGAAGGAGGCGGAAGAAGAAGAGAUGAUAAUGGUGUUAUGAAAAAGUGCUUGGAUAAGGAGAAACAUGCUCUCCUUCAUUUCAAAGCUCUCCUUCAAGACCCAUCAGGUCAUCUCUCUACGUGGAGAGCUGAUGAAAAAGACUGUUGUAAAUGGAGAGGAGUCUCCUGUAACAUGAAAACAGGUCAUGUCACAGAGCUAGAACUCAACAACUUUGGUCUGGUAGGUGAGAUUAACCAUUCGUUAUUUAACUUAAGCCGCUUGAAUCUUCUUGAUCUUUCCUUCAAUUCUUUUCAUGGAACCAUUCCCAGUUCCAUUGGUUCUUUGACUCGAUUAAGGUACCUCUAUGUCCGCGACAAUGAUCUUAAUGGAACCAUUCCAAAGUCGAUUGGUUCCUUGAUCGAAUUAAGGAACCUUGACCUUGCCAAUAACUCUUUUUAUGGAACCAUUCCUCGGGAGUUUGGAAACCUCACCAAUUUACAAUGGCUUUCCCUUCAAAAUGUUGGAAGAUGUAGAGUUGAGAACCCAGAGUGGUUGUCUAAUCUAUCUCAUCUAGAACAACUUGAUAUGAAUGGGAUAUCACUAGCCAAAUCAAAUCACUGGGUCGAUGCCAUUUUGAGUCUCCCGAAACUAUAUUCUUUGAGUUUGCAGGGUUGUGAGCUCUCACAAGUCAUGCAUCCUUAUUCGUUAUUUUCCAACUCUUCUUCAUCUAUUGAAUUUCUUUAUCUCGGAAACAACAAUCUCGUCUCAUCCAUGUCUCAUUGGUUGUUCCCAUUAACUAGCAAUAGCCUUGUCAUUCUGGAUCUGUCUAGCAACAUGUUAGAUGGGAUACCCAAAUAUCUUGGUAACCUCUGUAGUUUGGAACUUUUGGAACUCAGUAACAACUCUGCAGUGGUCGAAUUUCGUGUGUUUUUGAACAACUUGUCUGGAUGCACAUCGCAGGCAUUGCAAGAGUUGCAUGCUUCACAUAGUCAAUUUACAGGGCCACUGUCUGAUGAUAUCCAAACAAUGAAAAAUCUCGUCUAUAUUGAUAUAAACUCUUGCAAGUUGGGACCUCGCAUUCCCAAAUGGAUUCAAACACUGAAAAAUCUUUCGUAUCUUGACAUUUCCAACAAUAGAAUUUCAGACACCAUUCCUCUGGAUUUUUGGGACAUGUGGCCUUCUCAAUUAAGAUAUUUGAAUCUCUCUUCCAACAAUAUCGGUGGGAAAGUACCAGAUUUAUCAUCGAAUUUUGUCAAUGGUUCAGUGAUAGAUUUGAGUUCGAACAACUUUUAUGGCCCAAUAACUAAUGUUUCUUCCACUGUGGCUUUAUUAAAUCUUUCCAGAAACAAAUUCUGUGGCGGAAUCUCUCUUUUAUGCCAAGUUGUCCAUGGGUUUUUAGUUUUUCUUGACCUCUCCCACAACUUUCUAAGCGGACAACUUCCAGACUGUUUGUGGCAUUUUAAUGAACUAAUAGUUCUUAAUCUGGAACACAACAAUCUAUUUGGAAGGCUUCCUACCUCUGUUGGAUCUUUGAUUAAACUCGAGGCAUUGGAUUUAUAUAAAAACAAUUUCUCUGAGGAAUUGCCUUUGUCUUUAAGCAAUUGCACGAGCUUAAACUCAUUGAAUUUGGGGGUCAACAACUUUUCUGGCAGCGUGCCUCUUUGGAUUGGUGAAAGCUUUCCACGAUUGUAUGUUCUUAUCCUAAGUUCAAACAACUUCUCUGGAACUAUCCCUUUACAAUUAUGUCAACUAGCAGGUCUUCAAAUUCUAGACUUGUCAAUGAACCAUCUCCAUGGAAGCAUCCCUUCAUGUUUGGAUAAUUUUACCAGUAUGGUUCAAGAAGGUUUCUUACCGACACAAAAUGUACAUUCCUAUUCAAUUCCAUGGUUUUAUUUAGGAGGUGAUGUGUAUGAUGAACUUGAUGAGGAGUAUAUUGACCAUGCAAUAAUCGACUGGCAAGGAGAUAAACGUGAAUUCAUCAGAAAUUUGGGAUUGCUAAAGAGCAUUGACUUGUCAAGCAACAAUUUAACAGGACAAAUCCCAGCUGAAGUUACAAAUUUGUAUGGACUGCUUUCACUCAACUUGUCAAAGAAUUCUCUACAUGGAGAGAUUCCAGAAAAAAUUGGUCAAAUGAAACAACUUGAAAGUUUGGAUUUGUCUAGGAACAAGUUGUCAGGAGAGAUACCAUCAAGCAUGUCUAGUAUGAACUUUUUAAAUCAUCUAGACAUGUCAUACAAUAGUUUGUCAGGGAGAAUUCCAUCCAGCACUCAACUGCAGUCUUUUGAACCUUCAAGAUACAAUGGAAACGCAGGACUAUGCGGACCUCCUCUUACCAAAAAAUGUCCCGGAGAUGAAGUAUCAAAAGUACCAAUGGUCAUUGGUGAGAGUGCGGAUGAUGGGGAAGAUGUAGAUGAAAUUCACGGAUGGUUCUAUAUUGGUUUGGGCAUGGGAUUUGCUACUGGAUUUUGGAUAGCAUGUGGGGUUUUACUUGUCAACAAUCAUGGGAGACAUGCAUUUUUUCACUUUUAUGAUAGCUUCAGAGAUUGGGUUUACGUGAAAGUGGUAUUGUUCUUUGCUAAUAUGAAAAGGGUUAAACAUACAUAG